AACAGAUCCCAAAAAUAGACCCAUUACAUUUACAGCUGUGGCGAUAGUUGCAUAUUGAUUAGGAAUUAAAUGGAUGUCUCUAAAGGCAUUCAUAAAAUUGAUCAGUAAAAUUGGUCUCUAUCAAAACACUUUUGCCAGAAACAGACCCCAUAAACAGACAGAUUACAUAUUACAUUAGAGUGAGCCGUACAUGAAGCUGUAAGUAUGAAGAGAACAAUAAGUGAUUUUGCAAGUAACACCACCGCACAUGGUUGGGGAAAUGUCACCCAAAGAACAUCAACAUUAGGUAAGACCCUCUGGAUUGGCCUUUGUCUGGGUUGUACAGCUGUGGCAAUAUGGCAGGUGAUAACGAUCGUCCUGCGAUAUGGGACAUUUGACACAAGGGACAGAAUCAUUGUAAAGAAUGGAGACAUUGUAUUUCCAUCAGUCACUCUGUGUCCUUUAGUUGGAAUGCCAGAAUCAGCGUAUCAUCAGCUUAUGCAAGAUACCAUAGAGGGAAAACGAGAAGCCAUUCCAAUUUUAGAACUAAGUUACCUUUUACAAAAUUUCUCAGAUUAUUUAGACAAUAAUAUCUCACAAAGUGCUAAUUCAGAGAAACUGGAAUUUUAUGAAGACUUUCACACUCAGCUGUAUUCCUUUCAAGGUUUAUUUGACAAUAGUAAAGAGGCAGUUCAAGCCUACAGCCAUAAACAAGAGAAUUUUAUCCCAGUAUGUGUGUAUCAAGGAAAGUCAUGUUUGAAGUCAGACUUCUCCACUUUAGACCAUAAUGAACAUUAUACAUGCUUUACAUUCAAUGGAGGCAACACAACUAUUAAUAAACCUAGCACAAAGAUCAAAGGCCCAAAAGGUGGACUGUCUUUGACUUUGUACCUUGAUGCGAUUGAAAGUUCUCUGAUAUACAAUCCAAACUAUCCAACCAGCGGUAGUCAAGGAGUAAGAGUUGUAAUACAUGAAAAGGGGACCCUGCCUGACCCAGAAAAUGAUGGUUUUGAUAUUGAGCCAGGACAUUCGAUCAGUGCAGCAUUGUCUGUCAAUGAAAGACAACUAAUGAAAGCACCUUGGGGUGAAUGCGCUGAUCACGACUCUGAGGCCUAUGGAGCUUUUAAAUAUACAAAAAAUCAUUGCCUCAUGAAAUGCCUGCAGAAAACCAUCUAUGAAACAUGUGGUUGUGUCAAAUCCUCUUUACCAGUCGAUGAUGACAUGGCUCAAACAAAAUAUUGUCUAAAACUUCACAUAAAUGAAUGGCUAAAACUUAAUUCCAAUGAGUACAAUCUAACUAUAAUUCAGAAUGACUUGGAGCAACUUCGAUGCCAAAAUCAUUUUUCAUUGUCAGAAUUCGUGGGCCAAGAUCAGUGCCGAUGCCAGGAAAAGUGUGUGUACCAAUCGUAUGAAAUGACACUCUCUCAAUCAGUGUGGCCAUCAGAAGGGACAGAGAUAGACGUGUACUGUCGAUCACUCAUGAACAUGGACAACUACAUUAACUCUAGCAUAUAUAAUACCUAUCAUGAUGUUUUCCCCGAAUACUGUGCUCAUACAAAGUCAAUGGAAGAAACACAGAUACUCAGAGACACACAAGGAAAAAAACUACGGAAAAAUGUUGUUCGUUUAAAUGUGUAUUUUAAAGACCUAGACACGAAGAUAACCCAGCAGGCUGAAGACUUCACAAUUAACUCUAUGAUCUCAGAAAUAGGGGGAAGUUUUGGAUUCUUUAUUGGUAUGUCUAUCAUAACGAUUGCUGAAGUGAUCCUUUUGUGUUGGAACAUUGCUCAGGUGGUUAGAAAGAGGAUGGUAAUAUUACCAACACAUCAGGAGAAGGAUGUGGCAAAUAAAAAUGCCUGGGUAGAUAUGGCGUGAAAAGGUGAUUAAAUGUGACUCAAUUUCAUUUUACAUGUAUAGGAGUCUUAUAUGGUGUGAAUAAUCUGAUUACAAAAGAUCAUAUUAAUUACUACAUUUUGACCCACCCAGCUUCCCUAUUCAAGGAUCUUGGUAUUCUCAACAUAUUUGAAGUGAACAAAUUUAAUAUUGCAAUGUUCAUGUUUAAUCUGAAAAGGGCAAUGAUAAAUUCUCAACUAUAUCAGAAGUAAAGGUACUAAAAAUGAUUCAGUUCACUCUUACAACACUCCUAGAAAAAAUGAUUUUCAUCUCAGAAAGUUAGCAGUUUCUCAAUCAAUUAUCACAGCCCUCUUAUCUGGAAUGCAAUACAUGUACAGCGCGUUCAAUAAGUAUUGCUAAUUUUGCUGUAACUUUUUUUAUCUUGCUAUUUUCUUCAUUCAAUACUCUUAUUGAACGCCAAAAUUGAACUUAUUGAUAACAUUAAAAUAUCUGACUCAAUAAUAAAUUCUAAGAAGCAUUUCAAAUCUGAACUGCUAAAAUAUAAUAUUUAGCUUCAAGUCCAAAAUACUCUGUUUCAUUUAAGUGAAUUUAUUUUACUAGCAUCUUGAGCCACAUCAACUAUGAAACAAUCGUCACUAUCGUAUAUAAUCAUUAGGAAGUAUAGUCUGUUAGUAUCUUAUCUAAUCAUGUAUACAGUAGCUUUAUUACAUCUUUUACUGCGUAUUUUUGAAGCACAUGAUACUUCUUUUAAAUGCCAUUGUGAUGUCUUAGAUUGUGACAUGUUGCAUGUUUUGUAUAUAUUUUAAUGAAAAAUAAAUAAAUAAGAUUUAAA